GUCGGCUGCGGAGCCUGUGUGUCCGACAGACCCGGAGUUGCACUGAAAGACACUGCGCCGAACAGUCCGGCUUACAUGAGCGUUGUUGCGGAAUUAGUCUGACAUGACAACACAGCUGAGCAAAAGAUCUGGAACCAAAUCUCUGAAAUAGGUCUCGGAUGUUAUCCUUCCCUCUGAGCCGUGGUCAACAUCCCAUCUAGCCAGGUUUGACGACGAGGCUGCACACCUUGGCUUGGGAGUACUGACAAUCUUGACGCCACACCUGUGAGAUCUGGAGAGAGGACAGAGAUUUUGUAUUCAGCUUGACUCAUCAUCUUGUUCCCACACCACCUAACCAGACAGACGGAGAAACCUCAUCCCUUGUCCACCUUCCACUGCUGCUAGCUAGCACCAGCAUGGCAGACAGUCGGCAGCCAGAAGACGGUGCCCCCCAAUGGGACCCAUCAGGGGGGCAGGAGCCCACCGGAGCCAAUGGCUUCUCGUCUUCGACCUUCAGGACCUGUCAGCCUGGUGCGACCCACACACCUUACCCCACCAGGGAGAACGGCUUCAAUGGGGAACUAACUGGUGCUCACGCUGUAACUGCAGAGCAAGUGUCAGCACGGAUCGUGCAGGAAGUGACAGCAGAGGCAGUGGCAGUAUUAAAGGGAGAGCAGGAGACUCAAAGGCUGCCGUCAGUUGAAGACACCACAAAUUUGCCUCCCUCUCCUCCCCCCUCGCCUGCGGCAGAACACUUUGGUCCUCUGGAACAAGAUGUAGGGGAUGAGGAGGAGGCGGGGCCUCUCCGCCGCUUCCAAAAUUCGCGGGAGAGGUGCAAGUUCCUCGCCCCCUCCAUCUCAGUUUCCGUGCCUGAGGACGACCCCUACCACUCCGACGAGGAGUACUAUGAUCACCCAUUGUUCAGCCCAGAGUGGACGCACUCGGGCUCACGCCCCACAGGGCAGGCCGUGGCCUUUAGACAGAUUGAAGAAGAGACCAUGGAAGCUCUUACAGCUGAAUACGAGGAGGUGGAAGAGGAGGAGGAGGAGGAGGAGGAGGAGGAGGAGGAGAGUGCAGAGGCAGCAGAGUCCGAGACAGCUCUUGAUGAGCAGCAGUGGAGCGGGGAAGAGCCCGAGCUGGACAGCCCCCAAGCUGAGCCCUUAGAGCAGGCAGAGUCCAUAAGUGAGGCCCAGCAUAUAGACCUGGAGCCGGCAGAAGCAGCUAUUGUUGCUGCAGAAAUCUCUAUGGAGGAGGAAGCAGAGGUUGAGGAGAGCCCUGACACAGCUUUGAAGAUGGACAAAGAGGGCAGCGAGAAGAGUGGUUCCAUGAGCCCAGACAGCAUCGGAUCAGAGAAACGUCCAGAUGAGUUAUUUGAGCCCCAGGUCCAAGGGUUCUUUGCCGGUGAACGAGUUGUACCAGAGAGCCCCACCAUGGAUAUGCCAUCCUUUGUACCUCCGAAUGUCCAAAACCAAGCCAAAGAAUCUGCAAGAUCACUAACACUUCAGCCUACAUAUGGUGAGCCGAUCACAGUGUCAGAGAAACAGCCAUCAGUGGAGGUGGUAGAGUUCAGUAGCCUUGGUUCUCCCUCUGCUUUCUCUUCAGUGGGAGACAAAGUUCAAGGAGCAGACCAGACGAGAGAUGAAAGAGACCGAUCUGGCAUGUCAGCUUAUUUUGAAACAUCAGCAAUGGAGGUUGAUGAGGCUCCACAGUGUAAGGGCGAGGGCUACUAUGAACUGAGCAGAGCUGGUGAGGAGAAAGGUGAUUCCAAGCCUCAUGAAAUCAGCUACCACACACUAGCUGAAGCCCAGAAUAAACCUGAAACUAAAAGUACAGAAGACAGUAAAGUGUUUACUCUUCCUGAUAGGAGCAGUGAUUGCAGGCUUUCUCCGGGUAAACUGGCCUUGGAGCAGAGGAGUUACUCAUUGAAUAUCACCAUUGGAACAAUGGAUCAAGGUGGCCAAGGCAAACUUAGAAAUUUCUCCCCACUAGCCACUGAUAUCAUGUCCUACACUAGUGGAAGUCUCGAUGAGUCAGCAGACUACCUUCCAGUCACUACACCAUCAACGGAAAAGCCUCCAUCCUUCCCCCCAUUGAUCUUGGAGACUGCUGCUUCCGUCACUUCAGAUUCAUCAUCUCCUCCAAGGACCACAGAAACAGUUUCAAAACCCAGCCCUGAACCAGAGUCGCCAGAAUCGCCGCAGCCCCUUCAAGGUGCCUAUAAAAAUGGCACAGUGAUGGCGCAAGACUUGCCUGAAAUGCUUGACCUUGCUGGUACCCGUUCCAGACUAGCAUCAGAAAAUACUGAACCAGAUAUGUCACGAAGAAAGUCAAUUCAAGCUGAGGCUCUUGCUUUUACCGAUGACCCACUGGCUGGCUUUGUUUCUGGGGAACAUAGUCCUGGGGCCAGAAAGAGUGAUAGCCAGCUGGAAGAGAUGGGCUACUGUGUCUUCAGUGAAUAUUCGGGGCCAAUGCCGUCACCUGCAGAUGUGUUCAGCCCUACAGACACUUCUGCACAAGUCUUCACCCAUUCUAUCCUGCAGGAGAAAGUGGCUGAGCAGGCAAGGAAAAUGGCAGUCAGAGACUCAUCUGUGGAGGACAAUGUUCAGCCAUCAGGCGACGCAAACAUCAGUGAAGAGAAAGGUCAGAUGCAAGUAGCGAGAAAAGAUUCUGCUGAUGAACAGGCCGCAAAGGUUGAUGAUUAUCAGCUAAAUAAACCUGAAAGUGAGACCCUAGCUAUUCAGCUCAGUGAGGCUUUCAUAACUCCAACAGUUACAGUGACACUAGAAGAAGGUGGGAGAUCAAUGAGUGACAUUGAAAGGCAAGCCAGUGGUGAAGGCUCAGCAUCAGAAACUGAGAUUGCUGAUUACGAGAGGCAAAUCCGCAAAUUGGAGAUGGAGGACAGGCCACUCAGUAUGGAGGAGGAGAGAGAACUCCGGGAGCUUCGGGAGAAGGUGAAGUUAGUCCACCAGGAGGCUUAUGAGGAAGUGGAUGCCGAAGAUGUGUAUCAGCUGACUGGUGUGGCUAAGGACAGAAUUGCAAGGCCUGUCAAAACUUCACCUGCUUCAUCUGUUGAGAGCAAUAUUGAUGAUGACAAGUUGCUCUCUCCAGUGCUCUCACCUUCCAAGCUUAAACAAAGAGAAGUGUAUGGUUCCCCGAAAAGAACACCUUCACCAGUGUUUGGAAUAAACAAAGAGGAAAAAGAGAAAGAGGUUUCAGAAAAAACUAAUAUCGAAGAAAAAGAAGCAGCAGAAAAGAAAAUAAAAGAAGAGAAAGAAGAGGCAGAGAGGAAAAUUAGGGAAGAGGCAGAAAAGAAAGAAAAUGAAUUGAAGGAAAAAGAAGAAAGGGAAAGGCAAGAGAAAGAAGAAGCAGAGAGAAUACUGAAUGAAGAAAGAGAACGGGAGAGAGAACAGAAAGAGCAGGAGAUGAAAGAAAAGAAGGAGAGAGAAGAAAAAGAGAGAGUGGAGAGAGAGAUGAAAGAGAAAGAAGAAAAGGAGAAGAAAGAAAGAGAAGAGAGGGAAAAGGUGGAGAAAGAAAAGAAGGAAAGAGAGGAAAAAGAACAAAUUGAAAAAGAGUUGAGAGAGAAGGAAGAGAAAGAAAAGAUAGAGAAGGAAGAAAAACUAAAGAUAGAGAAGGAACUGAAAGAGAAGGAGGAGAAAGAAAAGAUAGAGAAGGAACUGAAAGAGAAGGAGGAGAAAGAAAAGAUAGAGAAGGAACUAAAAGAGAAGGAGGAGAAAGAAAAGAUAGAGAAGGAACUGAAAGAGAAGGAGGAGAAAGAAAAGAUAGAGAAGGAACUAAAAGAGAAAGAGGAGAAAGAAAAGAUAGAGAAGGAGGAGAAAGAAAAAAUAGAGAAGGAAGAAAGAGAGAAAGUGGCUGAGAUGCAGAAAGGGGUUGCGGGAAUGCCUGAGGGAGAAUCAAGACAACCAGAGGAAAAGGAAACCACUCAGUCCAUGGAGAAAGAGGCUGAAAAACUUGCGGAGGCUGAAAAGGAGCAAGGGAAAGUUGAGACAGAAAUGUUAGAGAAAGCUGGAGCAGGGGCUGCUGUCGAAAAGGAGAUGCCAGAGACUCACGCUGCCAUCGAGUCUGUGGUGACAGUUGAAGAUGAUUUUAUCACUGUGGUUCAGACCAUCGAUGAAGCAGAAGAACCGGGACACAGCGUUCGUUUCUCUGCUCCACCUGAGGCACCGGCCACUUGUGUUGCUGGCCAGAAAGAAGUAGAAGAGGAGGAGGAGGAGGAGUCUGUCGAGUUUGCCCAAGAAGCGGACAUGGAAGCUGCCAGUCUAGAAGAGGUUGGUGAUGUUCCUGAGACCCCUGCCUCCCCUGAGAAGGAGGGUCAUCCCAUAGAAACAGAAGGACCAACAGAAAGCUACGAUAGAGAUGAAACCACAAUGGACGACUCCAUCUUGGACAGCUCCUGGGUUGACACACAAGAUGAUGACAGGAGCAUGGCAACGGAGCAUAUUGAGCCAUUGCCCCAGAUGUCCAGCCCAGUCAAAAAGCCGGCUGUGGUCCAGGGCAAGCAGAGCCACCAGAAGAAGACAGAAAAAAUGGAAAAGACAGUCAAACAAAGGGCCAAGGGAGGGCGGCCAAAAGGCAGAAUCUCCACACCAGAACGCAAACCUGUUCGUAAAGAACCUGUCUACAUCCCAAGAGAGGAAGUCAGGAAGAAAAAAGCUGUGAUAAAGAAGACUGAGCUUACCAAGAAAAUAGAGACUCAGACUCAAUCCCCAUCCAAGAGGAGUGCGAUGAAACCAUCAGUCCGUCAUACCCGACCCACCCAGCACCACUCCUGCCCUAGAAGGAGAACCACAGAGGUGCUACCAGACAGUCGCCAGCCCCUUAGUGUUGCCAGGCAGUCUCGCGAAAGAGCAUCGGACGGUGGGUCAUGGAGCCCUGACAAGAGGUCUUCUCUAACGCGGCAUGCUUCCAUUCUGAGUCGUCGUGGUUACCAUGAACAUGAGGAGAGUUCAACCUCCAUCACAAGUUCUGGUUCAACAGCACCUCGAAGACCAACAUCGUUUCGGGCAGAGAUGAGGGCAGAGCACAGGACAGGACGAGCCGCUAGUAUGACAGAAUCAGUGCGAUCCCGUUCCGCUCGCAGUGGCCACUCCACCCCCCGCACCCCUGGCUCGGCAGCCAUCACGCCGGGAACCCCUCCCAGCUACUCAUCAUCCUCUAGGACUCCUGGAACCCCACGCUCCCUCAGCUUGAUGUCCCAAGAGAGAAAGGUGGCCGUGGUCCGCACGCCACCCAAGUCGCCUGCAACGACGCCCAAGCAGCUUCGAAUCAUCAACCAGCCACUGCCUGACUUUAAGAACAUCAAGUCAAAGAUUGGCUCCACAGAGAAUAUCAAGUACCAGCCUAAAGGCGGACAGAUUCAUAUUUUAAACAAGAAGCUGGACUUCAGUCACGUUCUUUCAAAAUGCAGCUCCCAGGAUAAUCUGAAGCAUAGACCCCGUGGAGAAAAUGUUCUCAUCCCCAGUGUUAGGCUGGACUAUAGCCAUGUUCAGUCUAGGUGUGGGUCGUUGGACAGGCGGGGCUACGCGGCAGGAGGUGGAAACGUGCAGAUUCAGAACAAGAAGAUUGACUUGAGCCAUGUGACCUCCAAGUGUGGCUCUCUGGACAACAUCAAUCAUCGGCCAGGGGGCGGUAACGUUCGUAUCGAGAGUGUGAAGCUGGACUUUAAAGACAAAGCCCAAGCCAAGGUGGGUUCCCUGGAUAAUGCUCAUCACUUGCCUGCUGGACGCCGUGUCAUGAUCGAGAGCCACAGGUUGUUGUUUCGCGACCACGCCAAGGCACGAGUGGACCACGGUGCCGACAUCAUAGUCCAGUCCCCCGGUAGGUCCGGCUCCAUGUCGCCCCACCGCCACAGAGAUAGCCAUCUAUCAUCCUCCGGCAGUCUCAACAUGAUGGAUUCACUGCAGCUAGCAACCCUGGCCGAGGAUGUCUCUGCAGCUCUGGCCAAGCAGGGUUUGUGAACACUGGAUCUCUGGAUUCUGCAUCGUGGACAUCCUCACCCUGAUCCAUUUGAACUCUCCUGAACCACUCCUGCCACCCUGAGGCCAUCCUCAGCUAAACCACAGCCUCUAAACACUCUCACUUCAAGUUUCAUCAUUUUUAGUAGAGACUGAAAUUAGGAGCUACUGUACUUUGGUCCUCUUCAUUUCCUAUUUUAAAUCCAAAUAUGUGCUUUUACUGAUUUGUUCCGUUGGCCUCUCUCUUUAUGAAUGAUGUUGCAUAGAAUAGUUCAGUCUGACCACUGGUCCCGGAUAACUUGUUACAUACAAAGUGGGAUCAGGCAUUGGCUUGACUGGUCCUGGAUCAGUAUUUAGAAGACGCUACAGCCUCUUUUUUUUUCUACUUUUAACAAGGAGUAAUGCGACCAGCACACCAUGCAGCACGUAUUGUUCCUGCUCAGUGCAUGGACGCCAAACCCCCUAAUGAACCAAGCAUCCUUACUGCAAGUCAUUCUUAUCACCCAAUAUUUAAUAUAUUUAACUAAUAUAUAUAUAAAUAUAUAUAUAGAAAUAUGUACAAAAAAAUACAAGUACUUUGCCAUCUACAUGUCCUGAAACAUUUUAAAAGGAAGUGACAAUAUGGCUAUCAAAUAAACUUGUAAAAUUGCAUUACUGCAAGACCUAGGUAAUGUUAUAACAAGCAUGUAUUGAUUCUAAUCUUAAAAGAGGCUAUUUUGUAACCUAAGAAAGGAUUUUAGUAAGUUAUUUCCUCAACCAUUGGUUUAAGAUACAAAAAAAAAAGUUCAUGUUUUGUAGUUAUUAGUUGUUUACAGUGUUAUGCUUGGUGACAAUGUCAGACAGCUGAAUUGGUGUUGCUAAGGAAUGUAUCUCAGUCCUGUUGAAGAUUAUCAUACACUUGUACCCGGUCAGUAGUUCAAAAUAGACGCAAAGUUAAAAGCAAGAGAUCAUUCCACACACCUCUGUCUAAUAAGGAAACAAAAAGUAUCUUGUCUUUACAGCUACAGAUGUUCAGCUCACAUGAACAGUGCGGUGGACACUCCUCUGAAAACACAGGCCGACGUUGCACUCAUCAGGACUGUCUGGUGUCUGGACUGAGGAAGACUGCAACACGGGACCUGAGAUUUAGCAGAAGACAAAAGCUACUCUGAAAUCUGUUUGUGUGUGCGCGUUUGAUGCAGAUCCAAUGCCGUUUUAUGACGUAUGCUUCCGUACCUGGAUGUUUUGUUGCAAUGUGUGGGAGAAGAAAGUGGAGAAAAAAAAAUAUUUUGAAAACUCAUCAUAAAGACAUUCAUGAAGAAAAACAAAAAUGGCCGAGGGAACUCGGAUCCUGUUUCAUCUCUUAGGAUAAAAAAAAGUGUUUGGGUGAUCUAGUUACUUUUUCAGACAUCAUUUGUGGUAUAUCCUGCCUACUUAAUGCCCUCACCUGAGAUUGUUUGCUUCUGUGUUUUUCUGCAUACCCCAUCUCCGUGUGCCCCCUUCCUGCCUCCUGCUCUACCCUUCAGCAACUGUAAAUGUAUUUAAAAGGUCAAGUAGAUGUAAGCAGUUUUUCUCUUGUUGAUAUGACAACAGUUACAAUAAGUAAUGACAAUAAAAAGGACAAAGAGUGA